GAAAAUCUCAUUGCUCACUGAUUUAAAAGUUUUUACUUUUAAUUCGACUGUAAAAUUUCUUUCAUUUUGACGUUCUCGUGUAACCGUGUACGCCUAAGUCGCAAAUGUAAACAAACACUUUGGUGGGUCCGGUGGUGCUGGUGAGUCUAGGACGCAAAGUAAAGCCGACCGCGGCAGCAGCCAGGACUCGGACGCGGAUACCUUCGUGAGCCAAACAGCAGCAGCGGAACGCCUUCGAAGGAGGGUGGUGCAGGAGCGGGACGAGGAUGAGAGGUAGGAAUGUGGAUUCGCACCGGUUGUAUUGGGUGCUGGUGGCCCGGGAUUGAAGGUCAAUUCGCGUGAGGACUGGGGCGAGAUCAUCGAGGAGAUGGCGCUGCCGAAGCGUUGCGUGAACAACGAGAUUGCGUUGAAGAAGAUUAACUUCCAGUUUUUGGACAAGUACGCGAAAGUUUAUUUUCACGAUGGGCCUCCGACGAAGAGGAGGACGACGAAAAGCUACAUAAUCGGAGGUGGUCAGCGCAGAUGUUGCACUCGGUGCCGGCGGUUUACAGCACCGCAACUUCCCGCCCACAAACACUCACGUCGCGACGGCGCAGCUUCAGCCGAAUGAAUCUGGACAGUGAGCCAAAAAAAAUCUGUGUCAUUCUCGAAUUAGGAUUACGUGCUCAAAAUCGAACUCCGUUCCGAGGGCCUCAUCAACUCCAUGUUCCGGAUGUGCUUCCAGGAUUGGGAACUCCCCGUUCAGGCACUUUACUUUCCAGCCGGGAAACGUCGACCACCCUUCCCGAAUCAAUGGCCAACUCCUCCAAGACUGUCCUGAUUGAGGCCGGAAACGUGACCAUCGUGUUACACUGCUGUCGCGUCGAAGCCUCCAUCCGGAACCGACCAAACUGGGGUAUUCGGAAGUGACCGGUGGCGUACCGUAUGAAGCAGAAGCUAGUGGAGAAGCGUUAAAUACAUAAAAAGGAUUUUUCUAACAUACUGUUUAAUUUUUUUAAAUAAAUGUAAAAAACCAAGCACAUUUUUCUGAAAUUAUCCCUGUAGUGCUAAAUGUUGUGUAUUCUUGCCAUAAAAGGUUUCUU